CUCGCACCCCAGGAGCUUUGUGCUUUGACGAGUGAGGGGAAGAACUGUACGACCUGCUCCAUUAAUCUUCUCUUCGAAUCCCGCUUCAACCUUUCUGUUACUCUCAAUCAUAGAGAGCUUUUAGACAUGAUAUACCUAUCGCUAAUUGUCACUCUCGCUGCCCUUUUCUUCACCUACCGGAUCCUCUCCCGCACAUCGCGCUACCUCCGCCUCGCUCACAUCCCCGGCCCCCUCCCAGCCAAAAUCACCACCCUCUGGCUCACCUACCACCAAAGCACCGGAUCCCUCGCCCGGCAUCUCUCCUCCCUCUCCAAACGCUACGGCCCCAUAUACCGCAUCGCCCCCAACUGGGUCAUCACCAGCGACCCCGCCGCCAUCCGCCAACUAUGGUCUGCCCGCGGCCCGUGGUACCGAGGACAAUGGUACGACAUGUUCCGCAUGGACCAGCCCGUGAGCACCGUCCUCUCAGAGCGAGACAACCACAAGCACGCCGCGAUAAAAGCAAAGCUCCUCCCAGGGUACAGCGGCAAAGACGUGGACAACCUCCACGAGGCCGUCGACCGCCGAGUGGCAGAUUUGGUGCAGCUGAUCGAGAGAAAAUACCUAUCUGAUGAUGAAAGGGGGGUGUACAGACCAAUGGACCUGGCGGAAAAGGCCACCUUCAUGACACAAGAUGUGAUCUCGGAGCUGGCGAUAGGACGCUGCUUCGAGUGCUUGGUCCACGACCGGGAUAUCUACGGGCAGAUGACCGGGGUGACGGGAUCGUUGCCAUUGGUGAUAACGCUGGCGACCAUACCCUGGACGCUCGGGUUGUUGCAGAACCCACUAGUUAGAGCGCUGUUGCCGAAGGAGAAGCUGGAGGGGGUGGUGAGGCAGCAGGAGCUGGCCAAGAAGCAGGCGGCGGAGCGGUUUGGGGAGGACAAAGUUGUGAGGCGGGAUAUGCUCGGGAGCUUUGUCAAGCAUGGGUUGGGCCAUACGAACGCGUGGCUGGAGACGUUUGUGCAGAUUGGGGCGGGGAGCGACACAACGGCGACGGCGAUCAGGAUGACCAUGUUUUACCUGAUGAGCUCACCUGGGAGCUAUAAGAGGCUGCAAAACGAGAUUGAUGCUGCGAUACGGGAGGGGAGGGUGUCGAGUCCCAUUGCAGAGGAAGAGGCACGGCGGCUGCCGUACUUGCAGGCUGUGAUGAAGGAGGGACUGAGGCUGUCUUCGCCAGUGAUGGGCCUCCUUCCGAGGAUAUGCGACACGGAGCAAACUGUCUGUGGCGUCAGAAUCCCGCCUGGGACAAACGUCUGCUGGGAUGCCAUCUCCAUCUUCCGAAAUCAGGAAACUUUUGGGGCUGACGCUGACGCGUUUCGACCAGAGAGGUGGUUAGUGGAGAUGGAAGAUGUGGACAAGAAAAGUAUGGAGUUUGUGCAAGGCCUUGUCUUUGGAACUUCUGGCAGAUUUGAAUGCCUGGGGAAGGGGAUCGCGAUGCUCGAACUUAACAAGGUGUUUGUCGAGCUUUUGAGGCGGUUUGACUUUGCACUUGUCAAUCCGCUGAUGCCAUUGACCUCCCGCGAUUAUUCCUUGUCUCUUCAGACUGAUUUGUGGACUAGAAUAACCAGACGACAUGUUCAUUCGUAGGUGGGUAACUAAGAAACAUGUCUGGCAUACCGUGCCUAAUUACC